CCCAGAUCCACGGAAUUAGCCAGCUCCUCUGAAGGCAAACACCCAUUAUCAAGCUGUCACAGCCACCUUCUCUCCAGCAAUGCCUCCAGACUUUGACACCAACAUGAAGUUCAAGUUCUCGAUCCUGGCGCUUCUCCUGGAAGUGAUUGUCAUUAUUUUGUUUGGAAUAUUUGUGGAUUAUGACUCAGAUCCUUCUAAAAUGUUAUACCCAUACUUUCAGGAUGUCCAUGUGAUGAUAUUUGUUGGAUUUGGUUUCCUGAUGACUUUUCUGAAGAAAUAUGGAUUCAGCAGCGUUGGUUUCAACAUGCUCAUUGCUGCCUUUGGUCUCCAGUGGGGAAUUCUGAUGCAAGGAUUUUGGCAUAUGGAAAGUGGGAAAAUUUAUGUUAACAUCGAAAGCAUGAUAAACGCAGACUUCAGCACAGCAACUGCUUUGAUUUCAUUUGGAGCACUCCUGGGGAAAACAAGUCCCAUUCAGAUGCUUAUCCUGACUCUCCUGGAGAUCACCAUGUUUGCAUGCAAUGAACACCUAGUUACCAAAGUAUUCAAGGCCACAGAUGUUGGAGCUUCGAUGACUAUCCAUGCUUUUGGAGCUUAUUUUGGUUUGGCUGCAGCUUUCGUCUUGUACCGUCCUGGUCUGACAAACAAACAUGAUAAUGAUGAAUCCACCUACCACUCAGACAUGUUUGCCAUGAUUGGUACCCUGUUCCUUUGGCUUUUUUGGCCCAGUUUUAACUCUGCCAUUGCAGAAGACCAGGUAACAGCCAUUAUCAACACUUACUACUCCUUGGCUGCCUGUACCGUCGUAACAUUCGCCCUCUCCAGCUUGGUGGAUAAAAGAGGCAAAUUCAGUAUGGUUCUCAUUCAAAAUGCCACCCUGGCAGGAGGAGUGGCCGUGGGUACCUGUGCUGACCUGGAAAUCCAUCCUUUUUCUGCCAUGUUCAUUGGGGUCAUUGCAGGAAUUGUCUCUGUCCUUGGGUUUCAGUUCCUGACUCCUGUGAUGGCAUCCAAGUUGAAAAUUCAAGACACUUGUGGAGUUCACAAUUUACAUGGUUUACCUGGAAUUCUGGGGGGAAUUGCUGGCAUCAUAGUGACUGCGAUAAAAAUGGAAAGUAGGAAUGGUCACCCGCUUACUCCUGCCAUGCAGGCUGCUGCCCUGGGAAGUACACUUGGAAUUGCAAUUGUGGGAGGAGCACUCACAGGUGCUAUUCUAAAGAUCCCCUUCUUGGGACAAGUAUCUGACCAGAACUGCUUUGAUGACUCUGCUUAUUGGGAGGUUCCAGAGGAGGAACUAGUACCUGAAAUUCACUCCAGCCACCGUGAUGAGCACAGCAGAUUUGAAGCUGCCAUGUAGAAAAAUAACUAUGCUGUAGAAUUUCUCCUAAUGAUGCCCUUUUCUGUUUCUAAUGCUAAGAAAAAAUUAAACAAUAUCUAAGUAUUGUCCCAACCACACCAGGUUUUCAAGAAAAGGCUGAAGAUAUUUUUGCAGAAGAAAACAAGUUUGAUUUUAGAUUACUUAGUCAUUAUGCCAAGCUCAGGUGGAUAAAUUAGGUCCUUCUAAUAUAUUUUUUCAUCAGAAAAAGGCACCACAAAUCACUCUUUGAAAUUAUGUAUAUCUUUUGUUGUCACAGACAGUAAUAUAGCUGUUGUAAUAAACUUUGGGUUUCAAGAUUA